UCUCUUGUUACCUCCCUUCCUGCAUCUAAUCAGAGGGAGGAGAGAGCAGGGGGGUAGUCCCACAUUAUUUUUCCUGUAUAUUUUCUGCUUCAAACGUGAUUCAUGCAUUUUGAAUUCAGAAAUGUCCGAUGCAGAAUGUGGGGCCAUCUGUGUGCGGAAAGAUGUGAUGGACAAAUUCAAUGUGAUUAUGGAGGAAACCAAGUUGGAUGCUAAUGAAUUGAUGGAACAUUUUUUUAGUCUUUAUAACUGUUGUGUGAAACUUGUCCACCCUAUAAAACCAGGCAUGGCACAGAACGGAGGAGCUCUGAAUGCAUCUCAAAUGACUCAGCAGCAGAUGCUGCAGCACUUUCAAUCACAACAGCAGGCUGGUGUGAAAACAGAAAAUGAAGACUUUAUUCCUGUUGGUAUGACUUACAAUGCCAACAGUGCCAACACGAGCAGCAACAUGGGAGAUGGAAGUGAAGGCAGCAAGAACUCAUCUAUGAGUGAGAGCGAUGAAGUUACAUGCCUUGGAGUGACACAGAUUGGAGGUGACUGCAGUGUGGAAGAAAAGGUUCAGCUCCUACAAAGGCUUAGAGAGCAGGCAAAUUCCAGCAGCUUCAACAGCAGUCAGCCGAGCGGGAUUUACCAGCAUUACAGUUCAUUUUCAGGCUCCAUGGGCCCACCCUCCAUGGUGCCAAUGCCAGGUCUUGGAGAUUUGGGUCAGCCCCCGAGGAAACGGAAAAAAACUCCUAAGAGAGCCAAACUGUCUGCGUCCCCAGCACAGAUUGCUCAGAUCACAGAAGGAGAAGACAUUCUGAAGAGUUCAAUGUGCUCCCUAUGCCAAGCAACCUUCGCAAGGUUCACUGAUCUCUUGGCUCAUCACAAAGAAGUCCACAACUCUGACACCAACCAUCCACUGCGCUGCCGAGCUUGUGGGCGGACACAGACUUCUGAAGCUGGCCUCAUUUAUCACCAGGUUUACGUGUGCAAAAUGGUGGAAAGAACACACCAGUGCCACAUCUGUGGCCUCAAGUUCCAAAGUGAGGGCAUGGUCCUAGUCCACAAAUGUAGCGGCUGUCCCAGGAAGAAGUAUGCUUGCGAGUUUUGCGACCACUACCGCACUGAAUCCUCCAGUGACCUUGAGAAGCAUAUGCGGAUUCACACUAAUGACAAAUGUUACGUGUGCAAAAUCUGUGGCUUCUCCACUGCCUGGAAGAAGAAUCUGAAGGAGCAUAUGGUGAAGCAUCUGGGGCUAAAGCCAUAUGUGUGCGACCUGUGUGGCUACAGCACAUCGGACAGACACAACCUGCGCAGCCACAGGAUGAAGCACUACCAGAAGGGAGAAGGCUGCGAAAAGUGCGGUGGGGAGUGCCACUGCAACAAAACAGUGUCCGGAAAGAAGAGGAAGAUAAGUGUGGGCAGUGUGGGUGAGAGCAACACAAGUGGGGGUGGCAGUGGUGGUGGAGGGAGCAGCAGCCCGGGGGUAGCGACCACACCUGCGGGAGGGAAAGACUUGGAGUGCCCAUACCCACAGUGUGUCUACCGCACCAAGCUGGAGUACAUGAUGGCUAACCACAUGCUGCGCCAUCAAGGUUCUGGAGAUCAGAACAAUGCUAGUGGGUCAGGGGGUGUUGUCAGUAGUUCCAGUGGGGGAGGGGGAAGUGGCGGAGGGGGCCAUUUCUCUGGUGCUAACUCUCAGAGUUCCUCGCACGAAAACACGAAAACCUCUCAGCAGCACAGAGGUCAGGGUGUCAUGGCCAGUGGGCAGUAUACAGGGAGUGGUGGAGCAGGGACAGCUGCGUCUCCCGCGUCAUCCAUCUCCUCGUCCUCGUCAGUCCCACCAACCUCUUCCAUAUCGAACAACCAGAGCGGUCCCCCGACCCUGAUCUCAUCCCCUGGAAAUCAGUUGCCUCUGGAGUGGAAAAACAUUGGACAGCCCCACCCAUCAGCGGUUUGCGGCAUGCUGUCACCGCCAACUCACUUCCCUCCCUUGGUGCAGCAUCAGCAAAGUCACCUGACAUCACAGGCUGUGGCUUCGGGAGCCCUAUCAUCAUGGGCAACCCCUCUUUCCCCACCCGCUGUCCCCCCGGGCCUGCUCAGCAACCGCGUGGCCGUGCCGAUGUCUGCUCAGAACAUGGUGGCCAGACCUAUGCCUGUCUUUCCAAACAUGCCCAACUAGCAGAGUUGUGUACCUGUGCAGGUCCCUUGUCGCAUUUCUUCUGGUGCUCAGACUCUCCAUUUUUUGUUUCAUCUGUCUGUUUGAAAAGAGGGCUACGUCAAAAAAGUUCGUAUGCCAUGCUCUGAGAAGUUGGCACAUCCACUGACUAGACCAGGGGUAAGCAUACUUUUCGGAUAGGGGAAAUUUCGACUGGGCCAUAAACAGCAAAGGACCACAUCGUGUACUAAUGAACAUGUGUGCUAGGUAAAUUUUAAAAGAAAAUGUUUAAUAUAAACUAUUACAAUAAUAAUGAAAAUGGAGCGUUUUACAAGUUCAGCAAACAUAUUUUUCUUUUAAUUUCACAAUGAAAACUAGUCUUGGCUGACAAUUUAUUUUAUGAUCAUUUCAGAAUAAUGUCUAUUUCACCAAAUGUUUCUCAAACCACACAACACUAUGCCACGUUUGGCCCUUGGUCUGUAGUUUGCCUACCCCUGGACUACAUUUGUGCCAUUGUGGUGUGGCAGGCUGAAUUCUCAGUAGAUCUCUAUGCCGAGGGUAAUCAUUUGUAGUAAAGAAUGGAUUGAAUGGUGAAAAGGAAGUAGAAUAAUGUGUUCUUAAAAUUGCAUGUUUGAAAGCAGUUCUCUGCAUGUUUUUGUGUGCCUUGUAUUGCUUUUCAAAGCUUUAUAGUAUAAACAAUAAAAAGCUGUCUCCUGAUUCAUCAAGUAAAUGAAACAUAUGCAGCCUCUCUAUAACGACCUUCAAUAUAACAACAUCCUCUGUAUAGCAACAUGGUGCCCAGGUCCCA